GCGGGCGGAAGAACGUCGGGCCACGCAUUGCCCAGGUGACGUCGGAGCUCUCAGAGCCCUAGAGGCCCGGCGAGCAUCCACGCGGACGGGCCCUUGCCUGUUGUCUGCCCAAGUGAAUAGCCUCAGGGGCCCGCAGUUGCUUACCAUGCUCUGGUGAACUUUUUCUCUUGUUCGACACAGCACCAGACGAGGCUGCGCUGCUUCCACCAGCUUCUCUUGGCGCAGGCGCUAGCCCCAGCCGGCUAGGCGGCCCUCGCGACCUGCUCCGAGCCCUAGAGGUCCAGUGCUUGUCAACGACGUCCUAUCGCAGCAACACCCACGACAUCCUAUCGCCGACACUGCUCGCACGCCUCGGUUUCUGGACUCUGCCUCCGCCUGCUGCGGCCCUCCAGCUUCGACGGCCGCCUCCUGACUCCUGCCGGCGAGUGGCUGCCACGCCGAGACGCUGCCCGCCAUGGGGCUCUCCGGCUUCUGCGCGAAGCUCUUCAGUGCCUGCUGCGGCGGACGCUCAAAAGAUAGUAUCUAUGAUCCAGUGCUAGCAGACAGCGAGCGCGAAGCCGUGGCCGACCUCCUAGGCUUCUUGGAAAAUCGAGCCGAGACCGAUUUCUUCUCCGGAGAGCCGCUCCGCGCAUUAAGUACACUAGUAUAUUCAGACAACAUCGAUUUGCAGAGGUCGGCGAGCUUGACCUUCGCCGAAAUCACCGAGAGAGAUGUCAGAGAAGUCGACCGUGAUACGCUCGAGCCGAUUCUAUUCCUGCUCCAAAACCCCGAUAUCGAGGUGCAGCGCGCGGCAAGUGCGGCGCUGGGCAACCUGGCCGUGAACACCGAGAAUAAAGUCGCAAUUGUUGCGCUCGGUGGCCUCGCGCCGUUGAUCAAGCAGAUGAACUCGCCGAACGUCGAAGUGCAAUGCAAUGCCGUCGGAUGCAUUACAAACCUCGCGACACACGAGGACAACAAGUCCAAAAUAGCACGGUCAGGAGCUCUGCAGCCCUUGACUAGGCUUGCCAAAUCGAAGGACAUGCGCGUGCAGAGGAAUGCGACGGGAGCGCUGCUCAACAUGACACACUCCGAUGACAAUCGGCAACAGCUCGUCAAUGCCGGCGCCAUUCCAGUCCUGGUGCAGCUCCUGAACUCUCCAGACGUUGAUGUGCAGUACUAUUGCACAACAGCCCUCAGCAACAUUGCCGUCGACGCCACCAAUAGGGCAAAGCUCGCUCAGACCGAAGGACGCUUGGUACAGUCGUUGGUCCACCUCAUGGAGUCAUCUUCUCCCAAAGUGCAGUGCCAGGCUGCAUUAGCGCUACGAAACCUCGCGUCAGACGAACGUUAUCAGCUCGACAUUGUGCGGGCCCGCGGCCUGCCGUCGCUUCUCCGACUCCUGCAAUCUUCCUACCUCCCCCUUAUUCUCUCCGCCGUUGCAUGCAUACGGAAUAUUUCCAUCCACCCUGCGAACGAAUCUCCGAUCAUUGAGGCCGGUUUCCUGCGGCCGCUCGUCGACUUGCUGGGCUCCACAGAGAACGACGAGAUCCAAUGCCACGCCAUCUCCACGCUUCGAAACCUAGCGGCUAGUUCGGACAAGAACAAGCAGCUGGUUCUCGAGGCCGGAGCUGUACAGAAGUGCAAACAGUUGGUGCUGAAUGUGCGGCUCCCGGUGCAGUCGGAGAUGACUGCAGCGAUUGCGGUCCUGGCAUUGAGCGAAGAAUUGAAGCCGCAUCUGCUCAACCUUGGAGUCUUCGAUGUCCUUAUUCCCCUGACGGAAUCAGACAGCAUUGAAGUCCAAGGAAACAGUGCGGCAGCUCUAGGGAAUCUAUCAUCAAAAGUGGGCGAUUACACUAUCUUCAUUCAAAACUGGACCGAACCCGCUGGCGGCAUACAUGGAUAUCUCCGCCGCUUUCUGGCCAGCGGAGACCCCACCUUCCAGCACAUCGCUAUCUGGACGUUGCUACAAUUACUCGAAUCCGAAGACCCCCGACUACUCGAGCGCAUAGCGAAGUCGAACGACAUAGUUCGCAUGGUCUCCGACAUCGCGGAGCGCAACAUCGAAUCGGACGAUGAAGAUAACGAGGACGGCGAGGGCGAGGUUGUUAGCCUUGCCCGACGAUGCCUUGAGAUCCUCGGCAAGUCACCUAAAACCCUCGUAGAGGGCUAAAAUUCUUGGAAGGUUUCUUAUACCCAUUUCAACGCUUGAUUAUCGCUCCUCUCCGUUUCUUACACUCGUUCGCUGAUUUCCUAAUGUGGUUCAUGUGUAUUCUUGCUAUCAUGCUUGCGCAUGAUAGGCGACGGCGUUUCCUGGAGCAACGAUAUCUACAAUAUUCAUAGCGAGCAUGGGUGGAGCAGGGUUUCGUAUUACUGGCGGCAUACCACGUUUUCCUGUUGUUUUAUCUGGACUAGAAUUGCUCCAGCGUUUGAUGGAAAGAUUGUAAUCCUUGGUUUGGAUCGCUGGGGUACUUGACGUUGGAGUGAUCCCAUGUCCAAUCCAUUACGUGUAUAGGGCACUGAAACCAUUCAGGAAAAGAGAUCCCGGUCCACCAUUUUCCCAUCUCGAUGUUAAUUUAGAUUAUGUGAACCUGCGAAUCCAUAUAAUGAAG